AUGAGUCCCACCUCAAGCAGUACAGAUUUUCGUGCCCGGGACUCAGCACAAGUAGCACAAAGUGGUCUGUACCCAAACGCCAACCAACCUGGUGGUUUUCAAUUUCACAUUCCAGCUAUUGCUACUGCCCGCUCUUCUACAAACCAGCGCACCACAAACUCUACCCAUACAGCUUCUGUAACAAGUACCUAUCAUGGGUCACAGCAAAGUAACCAAACUGGCGUUGGUGCUGCAGCAGGAUCCGGCCAUACGCAGGCGGCUACAACCUCCGAAGCAAAUGGCACUACGAAUCACAUCAAUACCUUGUCGAACUUGAACAUAGAAGAUACUGCAGAUUUCCAUGGAGACCAUGACAUCCCCCAUACAAGGAGAACGAUCGAAGCUUCAGACUCUGAUCUGGGCGAAGACAAUACUAGAAGAGAGGACGACACUGAAAGCAUCAGCAGCGCAGAAUUGCCAGGUAGGAAGCGAAAACGUACCACUGUCCCCUCGUCUAAAAGAGCCACCAAUAAGCCUAGGCAAGCUGCCCCUGGGUCGAGGAGAAUUGCUCCUAGGAAAGUGGCUGCUGGAAAAGAGAAAUCAUCAAAACCAUCUAGAUCAGCACUACGGCUUGAAAGUAAACUUUUUGCGACUAAGGAAUACAGAGAUUCUAAAGGCCUUCUCCCUAUAAAGCAACCUAUCAAGCUUGCAGAAUCGAAUAAUCACUCCGGAACGGCGACCCAGGAAUCUAAACGUACAACAUUGGGAGAUCCAGAACUCAAAGCUCUGGUUAGGCUCCUAGGCGACCUGACCCCUCAUCCCAACAAGACGUAUCUGGAAUCCAUGGGGAACACCGCUUCCAUUGAUAGAAAGAUUACUCUUGGACUGAAGCUAAGCAAAAAGGAGGAUGAUGCGGAUAAUGACGAUGCCGAGGAUAACGAAGAGCAAGAGCCUGUACAACAGCCGGAAGACGGUGCAAAUAUGAACGAACUUGUGCCGUAUAAUGGGCUGAACGUCAACCUUCCGCCAAUGAGCAACAUCCAUGAUAUCUUCGCUGACCUCACCAAGAAUGCAUUGGGUAGAGGACUUGGUGAAUUUCUAGAAGCUUUAGGAUCAGGACAGCUCAAAGUUGCCACUCUUUGCUCGGGGACGGAAAGCCCACUGCUAGCGCUGCAGAUGAUAGGAGAUAGUGUGAGAGACCAGACGAACCACAAUCUGCGGAUCGAGCACCAAUUCAGCUGCGAGAUCGAGCCUUUCAAGCAAGCAUAUAUUGAGCGGAACUUCAAACCUGCUAUUCUCUUUCGAGAUGUUCUUGAGCUUAAUAACCCCACAGCCCAUACAGCUUUUGGGGGAGAAGCGGUGGUACCCAAGGGAGCAGAUAUCAUGAUUGCUGGCUCUUCCUGCAUUGAUUAUUCAUUACUCAACAAUAAGCCUAAAGACUUUGGAGCAAGUGGCGAGUCGUAUGAUACACUGAAGGCCACUCUGGAGUACGCGAAGGUGCACAAACCGCUCGUUGUGAUCCUUGAGAACGUUUUGUCAUUUCCAUGGUCUCAAGUGGAGGAGUGGUGGCGAGACGCAGGUUAUGCGACGCAGGUAGCGUACUUGGACAGCAAGGACUUCUACCUGCCGCAAACACGUCAACGUGGCUAUAUGAUCGGGCUUCGUUGGGAAGCGCGUACUGAAUCGCAGGUCGGACUUGAAGCAGACGAAAUGGUAGACGACGCAGCAGACGACGCAGCAGAAAGUGCAGCAGACAUCGCAGCACGCAAGGCGGCAGAAGACGCAGUCAAGAAAUGGUUCGAAGUUUUGGGGAACCUGCAGAGAAGAGCAAGCUCCCCUUUCACUGAUUUCAUCCUUGCGGAUGACGAUGCGGAGCUUCGAAAGUAUUGCCUACAAGCAGCAGCGCUGAUAAUGACUAACAAGAACGUUACUUGGGAAAGGUGUAGGACAGAAUGUUUGAGCUGUCGUUCAGCCAAUUUCUUGGGAUUCAAGAAGCCUGUUACCGAUUGGGAGAACAAUGGCUCAUGUGUUGUGCCGGACUCUUACAAUAAGGAGUGGUUCAAGAAACAGGUCGAACGAGUUUGGGACACGAUCGACAUAAAUCAUCUGCGGUCUAUUCGUCGGUUCUACGACUUCGGCUACAAAUCCCGAUGCAUCGAUCUUUCCCAGAGCUGCGUACGAGAGAAUGAUAAGAAACCGUGGGGUAUUGUCGGCUGCAUUACGGCUUCCGCCAACCCCUACCUUACCUCUAGAGGGGGUCCAAUGGUUGGUGCAGAGGCACUCUCUCUCCAGGGCAUACCGAGAGAAAGAUUAAUACUCAACCGCGAAUCAAGCAGGCAACUGAUAGAUCUCUCUGGCAAUGCAAUGACGACGACCGUGGUUGGAGCAGCUAUCCUUGCCGCGUUCAUAAGUUGUUCGGAAGCCCUCGUCAAACAAUCCAAGCGACAAAACGAGCCCUUGGAAUCGCCGAGAGGGGUGGCCCCACCAAUAUCUCCCCUCAAAUAUGAAUCAAAGUGGUGCCUUACUCAGGUGGAUCUGACAACAGAUCGACGGCUUCCAGUCACAAUGGACGAAAUACGUUGGUUGGCCUUUGCAAGCAUUAGACUUUGCUCCUGCGAAAAUUUGAUCCUCAACGUUAGCCAAAUAUUUAGACAAUGCUCAAGAUGCGGGCACACAAGCUGUGACAGCUGUGGCAAGAAGCCCGAGCACCACUACGUCAAAAUUGGACCAAUAGAUGGCAGACAAGACACAUCUGCGAUAGAGUUUGAGCAACUCAUCCGCAAGGCUCUUCCCCCUCGGCUCGCAAUUUGUGACUUGAUUUCCAUUCACAAGGAGGUCGCUUCUGAAAGUCAUCGCCAUUUUGGUGCCGACUAUACUGAGGCAAUAGAUGCAAUUGCUGGGGAAUUUUGUCUCAUAUCCAUUAAACGUGAUAGAGGCUGGAGCAUAAUCUAUGAGAAUCAGCGAUCUCGUCUUCUAUUGGUGUGUGAACGCAGAUGGGACGGACGCAUUCUAGGCAACGAAAAAAUAAAGGAUCUGGCAUCUGCAGUCCGUGUACAAUGGCAACUCUACGCUAAGCCGAAGCCUGAACUACCAGCAAACAGUCGUAUCAGGGAGGAAUUGCUCUAUCCUAUCGCUCGACUCACAUGUUCCGAGUCAUUGUUCGAUGGUCAAUGGGAGAUUCGACUUAUCCAAGACCAAUCUCUCACGUUGGAAGUUGUCGGAAAAGGUACGGCGAUACCUUCCUGGGAGAAGAACCAAGGCCUUGAAGACCCAUUGUUCAAGAAUCGCCUUGUAUGGCCAUGUAUUGAGAUCCGACUUCGUGCUGGCAGCCCUCUUUCAACCUCGACCAUUCUCGAUGAGCUGCUUGGAACAUACGAGUGGCUACCAAAGUGCGGCACUGCUUGUGGGAGCCUCCACGUUAAGCUCAACCCGAAGUCUCCGAGCACUGAGGAACCCAUGUUCCUCUUCCUCGACCAGGCCCCCAUUGACAAUGCAUCUCAUGACUCUUUCGUUUUUGCCAAUCAGCACCACAGAAUUGGGCUGAAGGAAGUUCGGGAGGUCUUGUUGAAAGUCAGCAGCUCUUGGCGACCAUCGGCUGCCGACCCAGUUUCUACGGUGAAUUGUAAGAUCCCCAGCCAAUGGAUUCCUGUGGGCCAUCUCCGAUUGGAAGAGCAUGCCCCAGGUGAUCUUCGCAAUGUCUACUUGGCUACAGCGGAGACACCAUUACAAGUGGACAACACCGCAUGUGACGGUUCUGGUCUACCUGUGCUGUGGUCCGAAUUCCCAAUGACUAGCCAGCUUCUAAAGAAGUUAGAUCUGAAGACUCGAAAGCGCUUCGGCCUAGUCAAAGAUCCAUUCUCAUUGGAACGCCUCAGUUGGCUCCUCAAAACCGCUGGUUAUGCGUUAAGAUCUGAGAAGUGGCAAUACAUUGCUCCUACUGGCGGCAUUGUAGACCGAUGUGAAAAAUGUGCCCCACAACCUCCACCCGUGUCCUGGAAGUCUGUAAAGCUCAAGAAGGGUGAACAACUGAAGCCGUUCGAGGACGUUGAAGAGGCAUGCAAAUACGAGCGCAACGUGAAAGAUGCGCCAGAAGCUGCCACAGCCGAGCUCUCCUAUGAUGAGCAUUCAGCACUUGUGGCCUUGAGAGUCGAUUUCAACGUUCUGACGCUUUUUCAUAAAGCGGUUGCAGCUCUGUCCGAGUCACGAGGAUCUCUCGUCAUGCCUUCAACCAUGCAGUGGCGUGCAGUCGUUGAUUAUGGCCACGAUUACCCUGUGUCUUUCCCUCACGUCCAGCUCAAGAACUGUCAGGGGCAUAAUCCAGCAUCUCAGCCACCGUCUUUCGUUGAAAUGAGGAGAACCAAGAAGCGCCAUCCCCUACUAUAUGAUUACCAACUUAAGUCCCUUGAUUGGAUGAUUCAACGUGAAGAAAAUGAGAAAAAUAUGUGGGACGAGCAAGAGAUUGUCGAAGCACGUGCCGCUGCAAUGGAUAUUCGUCUUGAGGCAAAAGUUACAGCACAACGCAGAGUAUUGGGAGGAGUCCUUGGUGAUGAUGUUGGGUAUGGAAAGACAGCCCUUGUGGUAGCACUUAUCGACCAUCAUUUUCAGAAAACGAAGAGCGAACCUCCACCAUGUUUUAGAGCAGGUUUCGAUGAGAUGAUCCCUCUCAAAGCUACGCUGAUUCUUGUUCCUAAAAACCUGGUGGGGCAGUGGGAAAAGGAGAUCACCAAAUUUGUUGGGACGACCUACGAGGUACUCACGCUCACAAAAGACAACUUUGUGCAGGAGUCAAACGUUUCGGGAUUGCGGAGAGCCCAUAUCAUCAUAGCCGCUUGGGACCUAUUUGAUGAUGACUAUUUCAUGGAACUAGCACGCAUGAGCAGAGCUCCUCAUACGCCAGUCUCGGCUGGACGAGGAUUUGAAGAGUGGUUCAAGAUGGCGCAGAAAGACCUCAAGGAACUCGUAAAGGAGUCAGACGGUCUCCAGCCUGGAUCUUUAGGCAAGGCAUGGGACAAACUCAAACCCCAAAAAUAUAGGAAAUUCAUCCCACUGUCAACACGCAACAGAAAAGGCAGGAAGACUGCUGCAAACACCAAUGAGGAACCUGAUCCUAAGAGAACGAAGAUCCAAGACCAGGGCGUUAGUAACAACGAAAGCCAGGCGCCAAGAGAUCUUUACGCAGCAUUGCAUAUCUUUUACUUCAAUCGAAUUGUGGUCGACGAAUUUAGCUACAUUAAAGCGAAGCAACUACCUGCGGUCACGGCUUUCCAGGCCCACCGGCGGUGGAUUUUAUCCGGAACACCACCACAUAACACAUUUGCAGGGGUGAGCAGUAUGGCGAAGCUCAUCGGUACCACUAUCGGAGUGCCUGAUGAUGCUGAGGUGAGAUAUCAAAAGGUGAAGGAUGCGACUGAGGAGAUCUCAGGCGGAGAAGCGCUUCGGUCCUACGCAACCUGCCAUACGCCUCAUUGGCAUAAAGCCCGCAACGAUCGAGCAAUAGCGUUUCUCGAUAUGUUUGUGAGACAGAACACAACCUUUGUCCAAGGAGUCCAGAAGCACUAUCACUACGAAAAGAUCAGUCUGCCAGCACCAGAGCGAGCACAAUACCAUGAAGGUUACCUUUUAUUGGUGAAUCAGGGCCACAAGAUGACUUCAAAGACUACAGCCGCCCCACCAAGGGCCACAGCGUCCAGGCGAAAAAAUACAGAAACCAAGCCAAAUGAUUCAACCCAAGAAGAGAACGCCCCGCCACAGCAGGAAAAGAAAGAAGAUCUUACUCGUACAGGGCAGAUCGUCAAGCUCAUCAAUUCCAGUCAAUCUCCAGAAGACGCUCUGAUCACUCUGUGCUCUACAAUGCCGGAGUUUGCUAUAGAGCCUUCAUCCGUUAUGCCUUACCAGAGUGCGAUCUCAGAGAAAGAGAGGCUCGUCCUUGCGGGUGUGCGGGACAUAUUGUCAGAGCUUCGUGGUGCUUUCUGGCUUAUCGAUAAGUUUGGUGACUCAGUCGAAGACAUCCCGGACUUUCAUCAAUAUCUCCGCUCUGUACAGGAGAAUCGCUUUGGAGACGCCAUAGUAUGCACUUUGCUGGACCUUAUAAUCGCACAUGCGAACGAGACCAAAGCAUGGACAGUAGCAAAGUCAUCCAAAGACAAGAAGCCGACAGCAAACGCUAGUGAUACCGCACUUGCACAGUACGACAUGAGGAUUGGCUCAGCUGAGCAGGCUUCAACACUCAACAAAGAAACCCGAAUUGGAGACAUGAAGCUGCGCGCAGACUCGCUAACUCAUUGGACAAUUUCCUUGAUCAAUCAUGUCCGAGAGAGACGGUUCUUCCUCCAGACCAGAAGCUGCCAAACUGGUGAAGAGAUCAAAUGCUCUUCUUGUGAAAAGCCAUCCAAGAAAUAUUCGGACAUGCUUAUUAUGGGUCGGUGUGGUCAUGCUGGUCACAAGCAUUGCUGUGCAGGUCAGAACGGCUCGCUCUGGGCUCUGAGCCAUUGCCCUGACCAAGGAUGUGACUCAAAUACGUCCCAAUUAUCCACUGUUGAGGCAUCGGAUCUAACUGUCACUAUUCCUUCGGAUCUGGUACGACAACACGGCAGUAAGAUGGUGGCAAUCACCAAUCUGUUGUCGCAGAUCCCCAAAGGCGACAAAACGCUGGUUUUUGUCCAGUUCCCUCGUGUCAUUUUGGCUUUGAGAGCGAUUCUGACCGCACAAAGAAUCGAGUUUGCAGACACAACCCAUGGGAAGGGGGCUGCUGCCAGAGUGGACACGUUCAAGAAGGAAUCGACUUGCAAUGUGUGCGUUCUUCAAUUAGACAGUGUGAACGCGGCGGGCUGGAACCUGCAGGCCGCGAACCACGUCGUUUUUGUCUCGUCAUUUGCUUCCAAGACGAAGCACGAAUACAACUCAAGCAUGACGCAGGCAAUUGGACGUGCGUUCCGGUUGGGGCAGGAGAAGGAUGUUCACAUCUAUCAUUUUCUCGCUGAGAAAACGAUAGAUGUGAACAUCCUGGAGGGGAGGACGGGGAGGAUUGUGGUGGAGAGGGAGGGGGGGUGCGUCUUGGCCGAGCCAAAAGAGGCCGGCCACCAAGGCGAAUUUGGUGGGUUGCCCUUUUUGGGGGCUGUUUGCGGGGCUGGGGAGGAUGGGGAGGAGGAUGAGAACGAGGAAUAA